GUUGGGCGCUGAGGGGAGGCAGCAGGAGCAGCAGCAGCAGCAGCAGCAGUACCAGCACUAACAGGAGGAGCAGCAGCAGCAUGCGCUGGGCGGCCCUGCGGCUCCCCAGCGGGCGAUGGAGCCGUGCCCCCGCCGCAGCUGCCCCAGGAGAUGGCGGCGGCUGUGGCGGCGGCGCUGGGCGCUGGCGGCCGGGCUGCUGGGGGCCGCGCUCGCUUUGUUCGCCUGCCUCCGGCAGCCGGAGCCGCGGGCUCCGACGACGGGCCGGGCAGGGGACGAGGUGACCGUGCUGCUGUGGUGGGAGCCCUUCGGCCGCCCCCGGCGCCCCGCAGACUGCCGGCGGCGCUACAACGUGACGGGCUGCCGCCUCAGCGCCGACCGCGGCCGGCUGGGCGAGGCGAGGGCCGUGCUCUUCCACCACCGCGACCUGGCCCUGCACGGAGCCCAGGGGCUGCCCCGAGGGCCCCCGCCUCGCCCCCCGCGCCAGCUCUGGGUGUGGAUGAACUUCGAGUCGCCCUCGCAUUCCCCCGGCUUGCAGGGUCUGGGCGGCGUCUUCAACUGGACCAUGUCCUACCGGAGGGACUCGGACGUCUUUGUGCCCUACGGGUACCUCUACAUGCUGCCGGAGCCCCGGCCCUUCGUGCUGCCCCGCAAGACGAGGCUGGUGGCGUGGGUGAUCAGUAACUGGAACGAGGAGCACGCCCGGGUGCGCUACUACCGGCAGCUGAAGGAGCACCUGGCCAUCGACGUGUACGGGGCGCAGGGGCAGGCGCUGGUGGAGGGCAGUGUGGUGAAGACAGUGUCGGCCUACAAGUUCUACUUGGCCUUUGAGAACUCACAGCACACCGACUACAUCACCGAGAAGCUCUGGAGGAACGCCUUUGCUGCCAGCGCCGUGCCCGUUGUCCUCGGCCCCCGCAGGGCCAACUACGAGCGCUUCAUCCCCGCCGACUCCUUCAUCCACGUCGAUGACUUCCCCAGCCCCAGGCUGCUGGCCACCUACCUGAAAUUCCUCGAUAAAAACAAGCCUAAUUACAGGAGGUAUUUUGCCUGGCGGAACAAGUACGAGGUCCACGUCACUUCUUUCUGGGACGAGCAUUACUGCAAGGUUUGUGAGGCUGUGAGGACAGCUGGGAAUCAAGUCAAGACGGUACGAAAUCUGGCCAGCUGGUUUGAAAGCUGAUGAUCCUGGUGGGUGAGACUCACUUGGCCAGCGAGACUUCACUAAAGCAUGAGGAAGGUUGCAUCUCACAGAGAUAACCACCUUAGCAAAGUUAGUUUGUCAUCUGUGAGAGAGAUGUACAGAUACAGGUAAAUAAGCUGGGGAAAAAAGUGACAAAAGGAAGAUUUUUACUACAGGGAAAAAUCAUGAAAAUACAGAGAACCAUCAGCCAAGAGGAUUCUUCAAGAGCAAAGUUUAAUUAAAGUUCCAGAAGUCAUGCAGAUCUGAAACCUUUGCAGUUGUGCACAGCUAAAUGUAAAUAAAACAUGCCAAGUUCUUCGGCUGUACAGCUGAAACCAAUUUUGUCAGCUAUGACAGCUUCCUGGACUGUGAAACUUUCUUCUGCUUAUAGGGGAUACGUGAUCAGUGCUGGCUUUCUGCAUUCCAAAGACAAAAGCAAAUACUUUUAACAGUGAUUAUUAAGAAAAUCAAAGUUAUUUGCUGACAAAUGCUGAGCCAUAAGUGUUGAACGUAAGAAUGUGAUGAUACGGUAGCACUUUUUAGCAAUGUGUUAAAUUGCAGCAGCCAAAUAAUAAUUCCUUGAGCCAAAAAAAAAUCCAUUUAGGAAAAAGUGUAUGGAAGGGUCUGGGUAUGAGUGGAAGGAACAGCUCAGAUGAUACAAAGUAUUUCUUCUACUCCCUACCCAAACCAUGAGCACAUUUGUCCUGUGUGAAGGCAGCGAAGAGCUUCAAGUACAGGAAAAGACAGAAUGUAGAAAUAAAGUUGGAAUGUUUCUGCCCUCCCUUUUUUCAGGAAUUUGAAAAUGUUUACAGGAGUCUGCAUGUUUUUCUCUGCAAAAUUACUGCCACAUAGGAAAAAGCAGAGAAAGACUCAGAACUGCAGGGUUUUUUAUUACUGUAUUGAGUAUGUAUACAGAAAGGCUAACUUAUUUCUCUAGUAUCCUUCAAAUGUCUUAUUGUAUAGCAAAUGCUUUGGUGUAUGGCAUGCAUUUUUAAAAAUUCUGCCAGGUGACAGACUACUCAGAAUGCCAGCUCGCUGUUUGUGAAACAAUAAUUACGACAAAAAUCCCGAAGUCCAAGUCCCUGAUCACUACCUACAGGAAAUUACUGUAGAGAAUACAAUCUAAACCGUUGUUAAAUACAGGUUGUAUGGGGGAAGUAUAUGAAAGGGAGAGGAAGGAUUUCUUAUCUUUGGUUUUGAAGGUUUCUUCCGCCUAUUUUUUUAAAAUGUAUAACUAGGCUAAAACUACCUUCUGCACUGCCAACCCAGAACAUUUAAAUGAGGUGUUCCCUUUCAGACUCUGCCAUCCUGAUGGACUAAGGUCUUGGCAGCAGUCAGUGUGUGGUUACUUUUUGGUUAUUAGUAAUCUUGCAUCCUGAAAUCCAGAGAGGGUCUUCAGUUGCGGUUACUGAUCCACGGGAACCUCAGCCCUCCCUGCCCUUUGCAGCUGUAAGAUUUGGUGGCAAAAAAAAAUGAUGACCCACAAGAGUGCUGUACAAAUGACUGAGGGUUUUGUCCUGCUCUUAUUUAAGGACAUUAAAUUAUCCAGAGACUUCACUUGGAGUAAUAUCAUGGGCACAGAACAGGUGGGGAAAUGCGAGUUUGUUGCACAUAAGGGAAAGGUCAGUUUGCUGGCAUUUGGGGUCUUAUUUAGGUUAGAAUAGGAUUACAUUUGAUUUGAGCAAUAAGGGAUGCCAGGUUAGGUGCUUAGACUUAUCAGCUGACAGCCUCCUGUAAUUUAUUGUAAAUUACAUGUUCCCAUGUUUCCAUGAUUAGGUAAGCACGGAACUGAAGGUUACUGAAAAA